UGGCCUCCUCCUCGUCACAAUCAUCGGCAGCAACUGCGCAUUCAUUCAAUAAGAUCCUCAAUCAGCCCAGGUCGUCGAAAUCAAAACGCUCUGGUGAUAUUGAUGAAGGAACAAAGAAAUUGCGGCGGAUGAUCCUCGUCGAGGGCAUACCUUCAGCGGUUGACCCUACUCUCCGGCCUCGGAUAUGGAAAAUUCUACUGCGCGUUGAUGAUGUUUCAGCAUGCACAUUUUUAGAAUACGUUCGAGAGAAAAUAAGGAAUGAUACAUUCAGGACUCUAGCAACAGAUCGAGGUUUCAAGGAACGAGUACGAGAAGAUAUGCUCGUCCGUCUGUUGGAUGCUUUUGUGUGGCGCAAUCAUGACCGGCAAGAAACUCAGCAACUCGGCUUUACGUAUGUCCAAGGGAUGAAUGUACUGGCUGCGCCGUUUCUGUAUACUAUGCCUUCAGAGCUGGAAGCUUUCUUCUGCUUCGCCAAGUUCAUUGAGGAAUGCUGCCCACUAUAUGUUCAACCCACGCUAGAAGGAGUGCACCGUGGUCUCAAGCUACUCGACAGAUGUUUGAAGAUAGUGGACCCCGAAUUGUUUGCAUAUUUGCGAACGAAAAACCUUUCGGCUGAGAUCUAUGCGUUUCCAUCUGUUCUGACAUUCUGUGCAUGCACACCACCUCUUGACCAAGUGCUCCAACUAUGGGAUUUCCUCCUUGCAUUUGGCGUACAUCUCAAUGUUCUAUGUGUCAUUGCCCAGCUGCUUCUCAUGCGAGAUGAAGUAAUGGUAUCAACAAGCCCCAUGCGCUUACUGCGAACAUUCCCGCCUCUCGAGGCAGUUCCAGUUAUAGGCAUUGCAGUAACUCUCGUUCGCGAUCUCCCUGUAGAUCUAUAUGACGAACUCGUUCGACACCCGUACGACAUCACUCACAUGUAGCCUACACCUUCCUGCAGACCACCAAGCUCGAAGGCUCCUUCAUCUUGUAGCAUAUCAUUUUAUGACAUCCGUGUUGUAUGUAAGUCACCUGUUAUUCAUCAGUCAACCUCAAAUUAUGCUCUCAAGAUCUAUGAAUGCGUGCCAUACAUCGAUUGCUCACCCACUACAUGCUAAUAACAAAAGCAAUGUUUAGUAUCAAUGGUCAGCCAAGAGACAAAGUUGUCGGGCCUGAACUCUUUUAUCACCUGAGAUCUGGC